GAGCGCUACAACGUGAGUGGCUACUUUGAGAUCGCACUGAUUCGUGUGUGACUUGUUCAACAACUUGAACAACUCGAAGUUCCCUCGUGGCGAUGCGUUCCAGGCCCGGUUGACAAGUGUGUGCAAACAAGAUUCCACACAAGACAACACCGUAAAUGAGUCAUGUCAAAGAUAUAAAAAUAAAUGAAAAGCGUGUUAAAAGCUGCGCUAAAAUAGACUGCAGGUGGAUUUGGAGGAAACAAGAACGACAUAAAGCAUGUUCCUAAACGUUGGUUAAUGUUACUACGUAACAGGAAAUAGACGAAACACCACCUCGCUCAUAUCCGAGCUGCCCCUGAACGCACCCUGCCGACAUAAACGGCGGCUGGUCUCAGUGGAAGAGAAGCGGAUUAAAAUUUAACAAUUGAAGUCAGCUAGCAGCAACCUUGACAUCUUUGACAAGCAUGUUUCUCGUCGUACUUUGCGUCCUCUUGGGACCUGCAAUGAACGCAAACUGUGGUGUGUGUAUUGCGUGUGUGUGUGUGUGUGUGCGCGCGCGCACGCUUGCACGUUGGUGUUGGUUCCCGCCAGAGACGCAUUCCCUGACGUACAUCUACACGGCGUUGUCGGAGGGGGCGGUGCUGGAGGGGACGCAGGAGUUCACGGCGAUGGGUGUGCUGGACGGUCACGUGAUCGACUACUAUGACAGCGGCGCCAUGAGGAAGGUGCCCAAGCAGGCGUGGAUGGGGGAGGAGCUUAACGCCAACUACUGGCAGCGAGGCAGUGAGUCGAGGCAGAGCAAGCAGCGCUGGUUCAAGGUCAACAUGGACAUCCUGCUCCAGCGCAUGAGACACAACCGCUCAGACGUGCACGUUCUGCAGUGGCUGCACGGUUGCCACGGCGACCUGCAGCCCGACUACAGCGUGCAGUUCCGGCGUGGCGUGGACAGGUACAGCUACGAUGGACGUAACUUCCUGUCUUUCGACUACGACGCGGCAGUGUGGGUGGCAGCCUCGGACGCAGCCCUGGAGACCAAGAGGAAGUGGGACGAGGUCCAGAUGCUGAAGGACUACACCCGGGCCUACCUGGACAAGGAGUGCAUCAUCUGGAUGAGCAACUUCCUGAAGUACGAGCGGGACCACCUCAGCAACGCACCAUUGCCCGGCGUGCACGUGUUUGCCAGGACCGCGCACAUCAGGACCAACGUGGUUCUGACCUGCCUGGCCACGGGCUUCUACCACAAGAACGUCACCCUGGAGAUUCGGCGGAACAGCCGCACUCUGACUAAAGAGGACGGGAUGAUGUCAUCGGGCCUGCGGCCCAAUGAAGACGACACCUUCCAGCGGCGAGACAGCGUGGAGGUGUUGAAGGGCGACAUGUCCACGUUCACCUGCGUGCUUCGCCAUCAAGCGUCCGGACUCAACGUGGAAGCCGUUUGGGAUCACACCAUCAUCAGCGCCACGGACGCAGGGGUGAGUGUGGGCAUCAUCGCUGGGCUCGUGGCACUCUUGGCCACCAUUUUACUUGUGGCGCUGGUCCUGAAGCUCCGCUCCAGGAAGUCUAACGGCGGUGCUGUUCACAAGGCCACGCCCCCUGUGGACUCUGUCCCAAAAGUGUUUGAGAAGUUGCUACUGUGCGAGGAAAAAGGAACGACACACUCCUUGGACUCCGGUAUCUUCUGUGAUUCUGCCACACCCACACAGGAAGUAGAAUCUCACACGUCGCUGCAUCGUCUCCGUUCGUCUUCAGAGGACACACCCACCGACGCCCCAGGUGACCAGCUUGAAGACAGUCCUGUUCUUCCCAUCGUGUGACUCAGCUGACACAGCUCCGACCCGCCGACCUUGGCUUGACUUUCUACGUGUGACAUCAUGGUGUGGGCGGGGCCACCAUCAGGCUGUGUGUUUUGUAGUCUGCUGCUUUUGUACACGAUGAAAUAAAUGCAAACAAUGUUGUGUUGCCAUGGUAACACCA